AUGAAACUUCGAUUAAUGAUGAGCACACCAUCCUAGACUAGCACUGCAUUCCAUACGCGUACGUAGUAUUCGCAGAGUCAAAGACAGGUGCUACAAACCAGUCGUCUGCCGCAUGAGUUCAUCUGAGCUUCUCCAUUUUCACCUCAUUCUGUGGGAGGCUUUGACAACCGGCGCCAUCACCGGAGAACAUUCGCUGCUAUUCUUCGCGGCAUCAUUGCCCCUGGACAAAGGUCAUAGACAUCCAUGACUUCAGCCUGAUCGUCGCCUGAAUCUGCUUCGUCCCGCAGAAGGGGAACAGAAACCUCAUUGAGGAAGAUGGAAACAAAGAGCGGCGAAGAUAACCAACUAGAUGAACCGCUAUUGGAUGAAAAAAAUUCAAAGGAGUGCAAAAGGGAUAACUCUGUAACCCCAUACUCAAGGGCAGGCCUUUUCAGUGUUCUUACUUUUUCUUGGAUCAGUUCUCUAAUCAAACUUGGCAACAGAAAACCAUUAGACUUUGUUGAUGUUCCUAAGCUUGAUAGUAAAGACAGUAUUUUUGGAGCAUUCCCAGUUUUCAGAAGUAAACUUCUUGAGUCCCAAGGUGACACUGCCACUAGAGUUUCUGCAUUGAACCUUGUCAAGGCAUUAUUCUUGUCUGCCUGGAGAGAUAUUCUUUUGACAGGUUUCCUUUCCUUGACAUACACCUUAGCUUCUUAUGUUGGUCCAUACCUCAUAGGCGAAUUUGUUAGCUGCCUUAAUGGGGAAGGGAAGUUCAGAAAUCAGGGCUAUCUUUUAGCUUCAUCCUUUCUGGUUGCAAAGUUAGUAGAACGCUUUUCAUACAGAUGCAGCUUCUUUAAGCUUAAGCAAAUAGGAAUGAGAAUGCGUGCAGUGAUUGUGACAUUGAUAUAUCACAAGGGCUUAACGGUGACUUCUUCCGGGGAAAACACAAGUGGUCAGAAAAUUAAUCUCAUGACAAUUGAUGCUCAACAGAUUGAGAGUUGUGGCAUCGAAAUUCACGAGCCUUGGGUAGUUCUUCUUCAAAUAAGUUUAGCUUUGUUCAUAUUGUAUAAAAAUCUCGGGCUUGCCUCUCUUGCCACACUUGGUGGAACUUGUAUACUCAUAGCAGUGAAGUAUCCGUUAGGAAAACUAUACGCCAGUUUUGAUGGGAAACUGAUGGAAGCUAAAGAUGAGAGAAUUAAGGCAACUUCUGAGGUUUUGAGAAACAUGAGGAUUAUCAAGCUUCAGGCUUGGGAUAUGAAAUUUCUGUCGAAGAUCAUGGGACUUCGUAAAACCGAAGAACAAUGGUUGAAGAAAGUUCUUUACACUUCUGCCUUUGUAACUUUUGUUUUCUGGUGCGCUCCUAUUUUCGUGUCUGUGACUUCCUUCUCUGCAUGUGUGCUAUUAAAAAUCCCUUUAGACUCGGCAAAGAUCUUAUCAGCACUCGCAACAUUUGGAAUGCUUCAAGAUCCACUGACAAAUAUUCCUUCUUUAAUUUCUACAAUCGCUCAGACAAAAGUCUCCCUUUGUAGAAUAUCAUAUUUCCUUUCUCUUGAUGACUUGCCUAUUGAUGCUGUAGAGGAGAUUCAAAGUUCUGACAUAGCAAUUGAGAUAACAAGGGGCUGCUUUUCUUGGGGCUCUAAUUCUACAACUCUAACAGACAUAAAUUUGAAGGUAAUUCGAAAGAUGAGAGUUGCCAUAUGUGGCACUGUUGGUUGCGGCAAGUCUAGCAUGCUAUCUUCCAUUUUAGGAGAAGUUCCAAGAAUCUCAGGCUCGGUUAAAGUGUGCGGGAGAAAGGCGUAUGUUGCUCAGUCACCAUGGAUACAGAGUGGGACAAUUGAAGAGAAUAUCUUAUUUGGUAAAGAAAUGGAUAGGAGUAAGUAUGAGAGCAUAUUGGAGGCAUGUGCCUUGGAGAGGGACCUUGAAAUCUUGCCAUUCGGAGAUCAGACCAUUAUCGGCGAAAGGGGUAUUAAUUUAAGUGGUGGACAAAAACAAAGAUUCCAAAUUGCAAGAGCUCUAUAUCAAGAUGCUGACAUAUAUCUUUUUGAUGAUCCUUUUAGCGCCGUUGAUGCACAUACUGGAUCUCAUUUAUUCAAGGGAGUUUUGCUUGGACUUUUGAGUCAAAAAACUGUUGUCUAUGUGACUCAUCAAGUUGAGUUCUUGCAUGCUGCUGAUCUUAUACUAGUCAUGAAAGAUGGAAGGAUUACACAAGCUGGAACAUAUGAGGACAUUCUCAAGUCAGGGUCUGACUUUAUGGAACUUUUAGGUGCACAUAACCUAGCUUUAUCCACACUUAAUGAUUCUAAACAUGAAGAGCCAGAUUGUAGUACUACAGAAAGUAUUACCAAUUCUAAUGAGGAUACCUUGAAAGAAGAGUGUCUUAAACCUGAUGAUGAGACAGCUGCUGCUAUGGAGGAAGGGGGACAACUUGUUAAUGAAGAAGAAAGAGGAAAAGGAAAUGUCGGAUUCCCAGUGUACUGGAAAUAUCUAACUAUGGUAUACGGAGGAGCAUUAGUUCCCAUAAUUUUGUUGCUACAUCUUCUUUAUCAGGUCCUUUUGAUUGGUAGUAACUAUUGGAUGGCUGGGGCUGCUCCUACUUCUUCUAAGGAUGCAAAGCAGAUAGGGUACAAUCUCAUAGCUGUUUAUGUUGCUUUCGUUUUCGUCAGUUCUGUUUGCAUUCUGUUUAGGUCCAUACUCCUCGAGACAGCAGGGUAUAAAACCGCAACCAUACUGUUUAAUAAAAUGCAUUCGUGCAUUUUUCGUGCUCCCAUGUCCUUCUUUGAUGCAACCCCAAGUGGACGGAUUCUUAAUAGAUGCUCAACUGACCAAAGCGAAGUAGACGAGAACAUAUCAUACCGGGUUUAUGUAGUUGUUUUCUUAAUGAUCAAUCUUCUGGGCACAAUCACAGUGAUGUCUCAGGCAGCGUGGCAAGUGUUUGUCAUUUUUAUACCCGUGAUAUCUGCAUGCAUCUGGUACCAGAAUUAUUACAUACCUUGUGCAAGAGAACUUUCACGGCUGGUUGGAACCUGCAAUGCUCCGGUUAUCCAGCAUUUUUCUGAAACGAUUUCAGGAGCAGUCACCAUUAGAAGUUUUGAUCAACAGUCCAGAUUUCAAAAUUCAAAUAUGAAGUUGAAUGACGCAUAUUCUCAGUUGAAGUUCCAUAGUGCUGGUGCGGUCGAAUGGCUUGGUCUUCGCUUAGACAUGCUUUCUUGCAUCACUUUUGCCUUUUGUUUAUUUUUCCUAGUCGGUUUCUCAGAUGGAAUCAAUCCAGCCAUUGCUGGUUUGGCUGUGACUUAUGGACUUAACCUAAAUACGGCUCAAGCGAAGGUGAUAUGGAACAUUUGCAAUCUAGAGUAUGCGAUGAUAUCAGUAGAGAGGAUACUUCAAUUUGUGUCUAUCCCUAGUGAGGCCCCUCUUAUAAUAUAUGAUGUAAAUCAACCAGAACCUUCAUGGCCAUCUCAUGGAGAAGUUGGUAUAGCCAAUCUACAGGUGCGUUAUGCCCCUCACUUGCCGCUAGUGCUGCGGGGUCUCACGUGCACUUUUCCGGGAGGGAAGAAAACUGGUAUUGUAGGCCGAACUGGUAGUGGAAAGUCAACACUCAUACAAACUCUAUUCCGAAUAGUGGAACCUGCAAACGGACAUGUUGUGAUUGAUGGUAUCAACACUUCGGUGAUCGGUUUGCACGAUCUCAGAUCGAGACUAAGCAUCAUUCCCCAAGAUCCUACCAUGUUUCAAGGUACAAUCAGGAGCAACUUGGACCCUCUUGAGUCCUACACUGACGUGGAAAUUUGGGAGGUUCUUGAUAAAUGCCAACUUGGUUACGAAAUCAGGAAGAAGGACAAUGACUUAGAUUCCAUAGUUACGGAAAAUGGAGAGAACUGGAGUAUGGGUCAGAGACAACUUAUCUGUAUAGCGCGGGUGCUACUAAAGAAGAGUAAGGUUUUGGUCCUUGAUGAAGCUACUGCAUCGGUUGAUACUGCCACCGAUAACUUGAUUCAGCAAACCAUUAGGAAUCACUUUUCCGACUCCACUGUUAUAACAAUUGCACAUAGAAUAACUUCCAUUCUUAACUGUGAUGGGGUUCUACUUUUGAGUAAUGGGCUUAUUGAGGAAUAUGACUCUCCUGACAGACUAUUAGCAAACAAGUCAUCCUCAUUUACCAAGCUUGUUAACGAAUACACCGAAAGGUCAAAACAUCAGCUUGUGAAAGGCUGAUGCCUGAUGGAAUUGACUUGCGGAACUCCAACAACUGAUGUGUAAAUUGAACAAGCAACAUUCUUAGUUAUUAUAGAGCUAUUUUUUUUUAUAUUAUAGAGCUAUAGUUAUGGUAUACUAAUGAAGCAAUUUAGUUUUAGUAUGUGAUGAAAUAAAGUCCUUGCAGUUGUUUCAAUGAUUAUACAUACCGAGUAUCAUGUUAUAUUUUUUUCUUGAUAAAAAAAUGGUG